CUCCCUCUCAGCCUCUCUCUCCUUUCGGAAUGUAAGACCCUGUUCUGCCAUGGCCACCCUGUCUCUUCCUCCUCCCGAAACCCUUGAAAUUGAUUCUUCUUCUUACUUCCUCGCCUGCUUCUCCCGUUCUUCCAUCCUCCGCCCUUCCCAGAACCCUUCACCUCCUCCUCUCUCUGUCAGGAUCCUUUCAGAAGGCUCUUCCCUCCCUCCCUUCCCGCCCAACUUCCCCAAUUCCAAGCGUAUUCCAGACACCCGCUUCGUUGUCGACGGAUUCCGCUCAUCUGGCGCCUUCUCCGUCGCCUACUUCCUCACCCACUUCCACUCCGACCAUUACGCUGGUCUCAGCCCUAACUGGUCCAGGGGCCUCAUAUUCUGUUCGCCGGUAACCGCCAGGCUCUGUGUUGCCUGCCUUAACGUGCUCGAAUGUUUCCUCGUUCCCAUCGAGGUCGGCCGCCCUGUCCGGAUAGAUGGCUGCGAGGUCACUCUGAUUGAUGCCAAUCACUGCCCCGGUGCCGUUCAGGUUCUGGUGAAGGUAUUGGGGUCGGAAGGGCGAGAGAAGAGGUAUGUUCAUACCGGCGAUAUGAGGUUUUCUGAAUCGAUGCUGAGCGAUCCCAUUCUUAAUGAAUUUGUUGGUGCUGAUGCGGUCUUUCUUGAUACUACUUACUGCAAUCCUCGAUUCGUUUUCCCGUCCCAAGAUGAAUCGAUUGAAUACAUAGUGAAAACCAUCGAAAGGAUUAAGGGUAAGGCUUGCGGUGGAAAUGAUGGAGUGGCCGAGCGAGAGUCUGUUCUUUUCCUCAUUUCCACUUAUGUUGUCGGCAAGGAGAAGAUCUUGCAGGAAAUUUCCCGUCGGAUCGGUUGCCGGGUGUUUGUCGACUCAAUGAAAAUGGUGAUAUUGGAUCAGUUGGGAUUGAGCGGGAGUGGGGAAUUCACGGUUGAUGCUUCUGAGAGUGACGUUCAUGUGGUGCGUUGGAAUGAAUUGGGCGAGACAUGGCCUUAUUUUCGGCCUAAUUUCGUGAACAUGAAGAAGGUAUUGGACGAGAGAAAGUAUUCCAGAGCGGUGGGUUUCGUUCCUACGGGGUGGGUUUUCAGUGCUAAACGGGAUGAUUUCAUUGCGAGGAUGAAGAAUUCAUGUGAGAUUCAUCUUGUUCCAUACAGUGAACACUCUAGUUACGAUGAGCUAAGGAAAUAUGUUAGGUUCUUGAAACCGAAGAAUGUCAUUCCGACCGCAGGCAUGGAAAGUGGGAAGAAAUCCAACAGCCCAUAUCAUCGUGAUAUCUGCAAGCAUUUCUCUGGAUUAAUGGACGAGACGGCCAAUAAAGUAGGCUUCUUGGAGGCGUUCCAUUUCAAGGCAUUGAAUAGACAUGAGAAUGGGAAGACCCUAACCAAUUUUAUGAAAGAAGUUGGUGUCUGUUCAGGGAUAGAUAGAAAGCUAUAUGUGCAAAAUGCUUUGGCAAAUCAAGGGGAGGAACUGGAACAUGCGGAGGGUGAAAUGAAAUUUCAUGUAUCUCCUGAGAAAGUUGAGGGGCUUAGUUUGCUAGGUUCUCUUUCCAAUGCACAGUUAGAAGUGACUGGAAAAGCUCCUGAAUGUCCUCCGUCAGAAGUUCAAGUGAUGGUUUCAGACACCGGGAUUACACACAUGAAUGCAGAAACAAGCAUACAAGAACUUCGAGAUUGCUUGCCAGGGUGGGUAACAGUAUCUCAGAUGGUGAAUCUGCUUUCUGAAGCCAAUGGCGAAAUCACUGAAGCAGUAUCCAUUUUUUACGAAAACGAAAGGGAACUGCAUGAUCAGGUUUCUCAAAUUAAAACCAGUCCUAUGCAAGAUGGUGCAAACUCUGCUAGUGACCCUUUACAGAAAUUGGUUCCUGACUCUGGAUUAUGUACCACAUUAGGGCCAAUAGAAACUGACGUGACGGAUGUGUUCUCAAUUAGCAGCCCAAGUCAAUCCACAAAACCUCCCCUGCCCAAACUUAUUAGUCCCAAGAAAAGGGAAACCGUUGGAUCAAAUAGAUCAAAGAAAAAAGGAAGGGUGUCUACAAAUUUGAAGUCAGACAAAUACAAGCAAGUCACAAUUACGAAGUUCUUUGGAAAAGCACAAAAUAAUGUUCCUCAAGAUGGUGGUAUCGAUUGUGAUGUAACUGAUGGAUGUUCAAAGAAUGAGGUCCUCCAUGAUGCAGCCACUGCAGAUGGAGGAAAAGUAUCUCAGCUUGUUCAUAUACUAGAUAGCAAUAUAACUGCACAGCGCGCUACAAUCUUAUUGGAAAAGGCAAACGGUGAUCUUAAUCUUGCUUUGGAUAUUUUCUACAAUUAAUCCACUUGCUUGGUUGAGGAUUUUGAUGGGAAGGUGGGUUCUUGCAGGGCAUUAGAAAAAUUUCAUAUGAUUCCUAGCGAAGCCUCUCCCCGAAAGGAAGAUAGUUGCCAGGAGAAAGUGAUUCAUGUACCUAUUUUACAUGGAAGUGGAAAUAAAUCGCUGGAGGCAUCUACAAGCUUUGUUUCUUUACCUCCUGAAACGUACUUGCCUGUUGAACAUGCAUGUUGGAGUAUUGGGGAACCUGCACCCUAUUUGCAUCUUGCACGCACCUUUGACUUGGUUGAGCAUGAGAGAAGCAGGCUAAAAAUUACCUCCAUGCUGUGCAACAUGUUCAGAAGCUUGCUUGCCUUAUCACCUGAGGAUGUGGUCCCUUCUGUGUAUCUAUGCACUAACAGGAUUGCUCCUGACUACCAGAAUGUGGAGAUGAAUGUGGGUUCCAGUCUUGUAGCGUCAGCAAUAGAAGAGGCAUGUGGAACAAGCAGGUCAAGGAUAAGAGAAAUGUACAAUAGUUUAGGUGAUCUUGGUGAUGUUGCAUUGGCUUGUAGACGGACACAGUCACUUCUUGCACUCCCUCGCCCAGUUUAUAUCCGAGAGUUAUUUUCUAUGCUUCACCAGCUAAGUAAUGAAGCAGGUGGUGGAAGCACUACUCGGAAAAAGAGUCUUAUUGUAAACCUUAUGUGCUCUUGUCGCGAAAAGGAAAUAAAAUUUCUUGUUCGGACAUUGGUGAGGAAUAUGCGUAUUGGUGCCAUGAUGAGAACAGUUCUGCCAGCUCUUGCACAAGCUGUCGUGAUGAAUUCAUUGCCAAGUUCAUCUCCAGAGUUUCUGAGAGUACAACUUCAGAGCAUAUCUGCGGCAAUUGUUGAGGCUUACAGCAUGCUUCCUAAUCUGGAUUUACUUAUUCCUUCAGUCAUCAGCAAAGGCAUCCAAUUUUCAUUGUCGACUUGUAUGGUUCCCGGGGUACCUAUUAGACCAAUGCUGGCCAAAGUUACUAAUGGAGUUUCACAAGCAUUGAGACGGUUCCAAGGAAGAGCUUUUACUUGUGAAUAUAAAUAUGAUGGACAACGUGCUCAAGUUCACAGAUUAAUGGAUGGUUCCAUAAAAGUCUUUUCUCGAAAUGGGGAGGAAACAACUUCAAGAUUCCCAGAUUUGGUUAAGAUAAGCAGCGAGUCUUCUAAACAAGCAGCGGAGACCUAUAUUUUGGAUGGGGAGGUGGUAACAGUUGACAGGAAAAAUGGCAACAUCAUGCCUUUUCAGCUGUUGUGUUCACGGGAGAGGGGUGGAAGGGGUUCCUCAGUUGAGAUUGACAACAUUAAGGUUGAUAUUUGUAUCUUUGUGUUCGACAUCAUGUUUGCAAAUGGUGAACGGUUGGUGGGAUCUCCUCUACAUUUAAAGGACUUGUUCUAUGAUGCAAAAGUUGGAUACUUUGAAUUUGCUCAGGAAAUGACGUGUGCUGCUUGCUUCAGGUAUAGUCCUUUUCUCAUGGCAUGUUAUAAUGCUGAUUCUGAAGAGUUUCAGAGUGUGUGCCGUGUCAUGUCUGGAUUUUCAGAUUCUUUCUACAUGGAGAUGAAGGAAUUUUUUUCUGAUGAAAAGAUCUUAUCAAAAAAGCCUCCGUACUACCACACGUUGGAGGUGCCUGACGUUUGGUUUUCAACUGAGCUUGUUUGGGAGAUAAGAGGUGCAGGUGAGGAGUGUGGUACCUAUGUUUGUGUGCAUUCAUAUGAAGCGAAAUGCCAUGGGCAGUUUUAUUUGUUAGGAGCAGAUAGAUCAGUUUUGGGCGAUGUUGACAGCAAAGCGUCAGACAAUGGAGGCAAUGUCAUCGAUAAAAGACCCGAAGACUGUAGCACAACUUCAGAUAUAGCUGAUUUGUUUAGCUCUCAGGCCAGAAAAGUAGAAUUUGAUGCCAAUGAGUGAAAUUUUGAGGUUGAAUGGGAUUAUGGGACUAAUGCUGUGAUUGUAACCCAGUGGGCAAUUUUGUACAUGGUUGUAAGCAGUAGGUAGCAUAAUUAGUUGAGACUUUGCUGGAUUUCGGGCUGGCAGUUCUUUUCUAGUUUGUUGGGCUCAAUCCCAUGGUUACAGGGCUUCGGGUGUUUUUUCUUGUAUAGUUUUUCUGGAAUUGAUCCCAUGUCAUUACAUUGCAGUCGGAAAUUCUGUAUAUUGGUUAAGAUAGAUCACAUGCUUAGGGCAGUGGGUGAUUUUGUAUAUAGCAGUAGGUCUCUCCAAUUCGGUCUUGGGACC